AGUGAGAGGAAGGCGGGGACGGUAGCAGGUCGUGGUCCUCGCGGUUUGGGUUGGAGGUUAGAGGCAGGGCCAGUAGCUGGGGGAGAAAUCAGGUCGUGCUGGCCACGGCUGGUGGGGCCUGGGGACCAUGCCCUGGAGCAGCUGGAAAUUUAAAAUUGUUUGGAGUCCACACUGAUUCCAACCAUGGGUUUGUCAGCCUCUACCCCUGCUGUUCCAGUUCAGACCUCAAAUGCUUCAGAUCAUCAGACAGCAUCACCGCCUUCAGGAUGCCCAAUGCAUGAAGGGAAAAUGAAAGGCUGUCCAAUGAAUGCAGAACCCUCUGGUCCAACCUGUGAGAGCAAAACAUACUCUGUGCCUGCCCACCAAGAUCGUGCAUAUGAGUAUGUGGAGUGUCCUGUUACAGGCGCUGCUGCUAAGAAUAAGGAGAACCUGGAUCCUUCAAAUCUGAUGCCACCACCUAAUCAAACACCAGCUCCAGAUCAGCCCUUUGCAUUGUCUACCGUCAGAGAGGAGUCAUCCAUUCCACGAGCAGAUUCAGAGAAAAAGUGGGUUUAUCCUUCCGAACAGAUGUUCUGGAAUGCAAUGUUAAGGAAAGGGUGGAAGUGGAAGGAUGAGGAUAUUAGUCAGAAAGAUAUGUAUAAUAUCAUUAAAAUUCACAAUCAGAACAAUGAACAGGCCUGGAAGGAGAUUUUGAAGUGGGAAGCUCUUCAUGCUGCGGAGUGCCCUUGUGGUCCAUCCUUGAUCCGAUUUGGAGGGAAAGCAAAACAGUAUUCACCAAGAGCAAGAAUUCGUUCCUGGAUGGGGUAUGAGCUGCCUUUUGACAGGCACGAUUGGAUCAUCAACCGCUGUGGCACAGAAGUUAGAUAUGUUAUAGAUUAUUAUGAUGGUGGUGAAGUCAACAAGGACUACCAGUUCACCAUCUUGGACGUCCGCCCUGCCUUGGAUUCGCUUUCAGCAGUAUGGGACAGAAUGAAAGUUGCUUGGUGGCGCUGGACAUCAUAACCACUGUUUUGUUUGUGAUGCAAAGUAUAAACUAUUUUUUUUUCUGAGAGAUACAUUAAACUAUUUUCCCCAAACUGAACUGCACUCAUGAUGUAACGGGAACUUCAAGUGGGUCAUACACUUCAUCCUCCACUUAGCAAAGGGCCCCUGCUCCAUUCAGUUUUGAGCUGCAUUUUGCCUUGCAGUUUAUAGCAAAUAGUUCUAAGUUUUCUUCCCGUUUGGUUUAAGUGGGAAGCAGUCCCUCAGUUUGUCCGUUAGCUGCAAUAUUGCCUAUGUAUUUCAUCUAGAAAAGUCUGAAAAACCUCUGAAAAAGUUUUUUAGAAAGUGAGGAAAGCUGCUUUUUUCUUACCAUUUUCUCAGGAAUAUUUGAGAGGUAAAACCUGAAAGCCAGUGUACUGCUAAUGAGCUUUUACCUGGUCAAAUCUUUUAACUAAAAUCAUUUAUUAUAAAUAAGCAAUAUCUUUUUAAAAAGAGACUAUUAUUUCUGAAGUCCCUACAAUUUAGUAGAGACCUUGAACAAAAUGCAAAGCCAUACCCUUGCACUCCAACAAGACUAAGGCGUGUCUUGGCUCUCAAUUCUUAUUUAUAUGCAUUUUUCAGACUGGGCCUUGUUAAAGAAGUUUCAACUCACCAUGAGGUGCUGAUGCAUAUGCUUUGAAACAUAUAUUUUAAUUUUUAAAAUAUUUUCCUGUUGUUCUGAUAUGUAACUCUGCUUCCCCAAACAGGUCUCUUCAUUGUCCCUGGAAUUUAAAGUUAUCCCAACUUUGAGUCCCAUUCCUUCCUCCAUUGGAAGCCUUCCUUCUGGUUGGCUUAAUCCGGAUUUAAAAGUCUGGCUCAAGUCACAGUGCCAGUGAUUAUAUUUAGCUGAGUAUUAACAUUCACAAGAAGAGUAUUUUUCUCAGAUGUAGUUAUGUUUGCAUUAAUUCACUGUCUCAAUUUUUAUGUUUUAAAGAAGCUUUAAGCUUGGUGUUGAAAUUCCUUGUAUCAGUAACCCCAAAACUGAUUGUUCUAAUUAUAACAGCAUGUUACAAAUGACUGUUUUUUAAAGUGUUGAUAAUAUUAAAUCCUUUAAUUUAUCCUGAA